CUUCAUUAUUUCGGAUGAACGGGCGAGAAGUCUCAUAUUUCUGAUUUUCCCUCCCAAACUGAAACCGUUCACCACUGUCUGAACAGAUUAUUUACUGUAAUAUCUUCGAAUUCAAUACUCUUUCUUCCUGUGCAAUCCGUUGCGGUCACAAUGCGAUUCUCUUUUCGACAAGCUGUAAGUACGAUAGCAGAUUGCAGACACCGAAGAAGCCGAAGAAGCCAUAGAAGUUUAAAAUCAAAUUCGAAUUUUGGAUUUUGAUGAAUGUUCUGUACACACAAACAAGCAAACAACAAAAGCAAACGAUUGGCAACAUAAUUGCCUGUCCCAUUAUUUGGCGUCCUCAUUACACAACAUAAACGAAAAACAACUCAUAUCUUUGUCUCUUCCGUUAUUGCUAUGCAAUCAAUUGCUUCGGCAUCAAACAAAUCCCAUCGAAAAUUAAUUGACCACAGACCGACAGAGCAAAAGAAUUCUGCAAUGAAAUGCAGCUUCGAAGAAUGAAGAUCCCGUUCCAAAAACUACCGGAAGAGAGAGAGCCAAUCACCGAAUCCGUGCAUGUGUCAAAGAUUCGGAUUGUGCACAAGAGGCCGUCAACUACAUCACGAAGAAACUCCGACACUGGACCGAAAAGAGCUUCGCAUCGGUCGUACGCAAGAACGAAGGAUACAGAGGUAACCACAACGCCGAAAAGAGCCUCUCACCUGUUGUGUGAAAGAACAAAGGAUGUCGAGGCAGCCAGUGUAGAGACGAAGAGCACUUUGCAUCGUUCACAAGGAAAUACCAAAACAAUCCAGGUAAGAGACUUCUCAUGCUCAUCCUUGUACCCCUGUUCAUACUUGGAUCCCCCAAAGCUGCAAAUUGCCCUAUCUGCCUCUAACUUAAUGYUUUCUUGUUCGUACCUGUUUYACUGAUCAAGCCACCUUCGCCGACUUGUGUCAAAGAAUUCGCACGUCAAAGAAUCGUUGUCGAGGAAGAAAAGCAGGGCGAAAUCUUCGAGGAAGAAAAACAUGAUGAAAUCUGCGAGGAAGAGGAGGCCAAUGUCUCGGAUGGCUGGGCCAGUAGUCACUGCACUCGAUAUGCCUGUGUUGAAUCGUUUCCCGAUUUUUUCUCCGACACUGAGUUCCUUAGUUCCGUGCAGGGUAACUCAAGAAUGAAAGGAUUCAAAGACUUCGCUCGCGUUGUGAAUAUGAAAGUGGAAGGUUUCCAAGAACAAUAUCACGUCAACCAUCAUGCUCUCGAAAAAAUAUUUACCCUUCGGCAUUUUUGUCACAACCUUCCCUGUACCGAUUUGAAUGCCUGUUCCCCGUCAGCUGUCGACGAUGCCACUGAUGCAAAGGACAUAUCCAUGACGGUUGAGUUUCGGAGUAAGAACACACCAACAAUCGAGCGAAUAGAAAUAUAGAUUGUACGACGGCAUAUGUACCAUUCAAAUACACUAGUAAAUCACAC